UUUUCAUAUAUACAUCAUGUGUUUUUUAUUUUAAUUGACCCAGUUCAUAGAUAAAUGUGACUAAGGAAAAAUGAAGGAUGGAGAAGAUUCCAGUAGCAAUGAUGAAUCGCAAAAAACAUCUGUAUUUCAUAAAGAUGAUGAAAUACCGGAACUUUUACUAGAAGUGGUAAAAAGACUUACUAAAUUAGCAGUACUGUGCGAAUCCCAUUGCACAGCGGAUUCAAGCAGCGUCAAGAGCAUGAUUAAACAUCUCUACAAAUUUGAAAAGUCGAUUCGAAGAUUGCAAACUAUCGCAGAAGAUUGUAAGGAACGGCAACAACCAGUAUUUAAGGGAGCUGUCAGAGCUGUGGACAAGUAUUUAAAUCCAUAUGACUGGGCAAAGACGCAUAUAAUAGAUAAAUACAUCGACAAAGGUCGCACUUUAGACUCUGCACUUGACGCUGUUGACGAACUACAAAAACAACUGAUUGAUAGGUUACAAUUCAAUGAACUGCUAGGACCAGAUGCAGAGUUUUGCGAAAUAGAACGGCCUGAUCCAGAAGAAUACAAUUCAGAUGUACAAGUUGAAGCAACGGUAGCCGACGAGCCUGUGGACGUUAAUAAAGCAACUACUUCAGGAACACAUAAGAAAAAUAUACCGAAAGCGAAACGUGAUAAUGUAUCUAAUAAAAAAGGUGAUAACAAUACUCACGAUGAAGCAGUCACGGCUAGCAGUACCAUAGAAAGCAGGGCAACAGAAAAUCAAAGUGGACCUAAGAAUGAACAACCUAUAAAAGCAGCUACUACAGCAAGCAGCCAGGAUGAUGAGAUAACAUUUGAUAUAUCUGAAGUUUUUAUUAUAGAACAUGCGAAAAUUACCCUCAAUGUUCCCCAACGCAAAGCUGACGGGAAUGCCGUAGGAAGUACCGUGCAUCGACAAGAAGCAUCAAAAACCUCUAAACCAAGUGUUAAAGAUGACAAGAGCAAAGCCAGUCCUGUGAGUGAAAAGGCACAACCUAAAAAUGAUAAAAUACAAGAUGAUAAAGUGAAUGUCCCACCAAUGGAUACUUCAGAGACCACUAAGGUGGAUGCACAACCAAUGGAUACCUCAUCUGACACUACAAAGGUAGAUGUCCCAAUGGAUACUUCAGAGACCACUAAGGCGGAUGCACAACCAAUGGAUACUUCAGACACCACUAAGGUAGAAGUUCCAAUGGAUACAUCAUCCGACUCUACUAAGGUAGAUGUCCCUAUGGAUACCUCAUCUGACACCACUAAGGCGGAUGUCCCUAUGGAUACUUCGUCUGAUUCUACAAAGGUGGAAGUCCCAAUGGAUACCUCAUCUGACACUACAAAGGUAGAUGUCCCAAUGGAUACUUCAGACACCACUAAGGUAGAAGUCCAUAUGGAUACCUCAUCUGACACCACUAAGAUGGAUGCACAACCAAUGGAUACUUCGUCUGACACCACUAAGGUGGAAAUCCCUAUGGAUACUUCAGACACCACUAAGGCGGAUGCACAACCAAUGGAUACUUCAGCUGACUCUACAAAGGCAGAUGUCCCAAUGGAUACUUCAGAGACCACUAAGGUGGAAGUCCCUAUGGAUACUUCAGACACUACUAAGGUAGAAGUUCCAAUGGAUACAUCAUCCGACUCUACUAAGGUGGAUGCACAACCAAUGGAUACUUCAGCUGACUCUACAAAGGCAGAUGUCCCUAUGGAUACUUCAGAGACCACUAAGGCGGAUGCACAACCAAUGGAUACUUCAGACACCACUAAGGUAGAUGUUACCAUGGAUACUUCAGACACCACUAAGGCGGAAGUCCCUAUGGAUACAUCAUCCGACUCUACUAAGGUAGAUGUCCCUAUGGAUACUUCAGACACCACUAAGGUAGAAGUUCCAAUGGAUACUUCAGACACCACUAAGGUAGAUGUCCCUAUGGAUACCUCAUCUGACACUACAAAGGUAGAUGUCCCAAUGGAUACUUCAGACACCACUAAGGUAGAAGUCCAUAUGGAUACUUCAGAGACCACUAAGGCGGAUGCACAACCAAUGGAUACUUCAGACACCACUAAGGCGGAUGCACAACCAAUGGAUACUUCAGACACCACUAAGGUAGAUGUUACCAUGGAUACUUCAGACACCACUAAGGCGGAAGUCCCUAUGGAUACUUCAGCUGACACUACUAAGGUGGAAGUCCCUAUGGAUACUUCAGACACUACUAAGGUGGAAGUCCCUAUGGAUACUUCAGACAUCACUAAGGUGGAAGUCCCUAUGGAUACAUCAUCCGACUCUACUAAGGUGGAUGUCCCUAUGGAUACUUCGUCUGACACCACUAAGGCGGAUGUCCCUAUGGAUACUUCGUCUGAUUCUACAAAGGUGGAAGUCCCAAUGGAUACCUCAUCUGACACUACAAAGGUAGAUGUCCCAAUGGAUACUUCAGACACCACUAAGGUAGAAGUCCAUAUGGAUACCUCAUCUGACACCACUAAGAUGGAUGCACAACCAAUGGAUACUUCGUCUGACACCACUAAGGUGGAUGUCCCUAUGGAUACUUCAGACACCACUAAUAUGGAUGUACAACCAAUGGAUACUUUAUUUGAAUUAAAUAAUGUGGUUUCUUCUAAUAAUCCAGAAUUUAAAGUGGUUGAAACUACACCUCUAAAGUCCGAAUCAAAUGAUGAUUCACUACAGAUUGAAUAGCAUGCUUGUCAAUACCAGGAAACAAGCGUUGUUGUCGAUACCCCUGAAGAUCAGAGACCUUCUCAAACGGACUACCGAUUGGAAUCGCUUAAUACAAACGAUGUUACUGUUGAUGCAGCUAGUGGUACCCCUAACAUUGAUGUACAGUCUAAACCAGAUGCCGGCGAUGAUAAAAUAGAAGAUACAAGUGUCAAUCUAUUAACAAGUAAUCUGCAAACUGACGAUAGUGCUCCAUUGAACUCAACAGAUCAAACGAAUGAGGUAUACAAUCCAGAAAUUAAAGACGACAAUUAAGACAGCUUAUCCUCGGUAGAUUCACAUGUGAGCAUAUUUGUCAGAUUCCAACUCAUGUCCAUGGUUUAUAUAAACUAAUAAACGCCCAUUUACAACUUUAGUCUUGUGACAACGUUGUUUAACGCCCUGGGAUCGGAAGCCAAGAGAACGUAUUUUCACAGUACCCUCAGCCAGGCGCUCGAUAUCAACAGCCUCGUAAAAGGAAUUACCAGUGGAUAUAGAUAUAAUCUUCUGGUGAUAUGGACAACGGAUGCAAGGCUCCCCGUUUAUUUCCUCAAUGUCACCCACGUGCUAUAGAAGCUAUUGUUCAGCAAUAUGGACCAACCUGCUCCAAGGGACCGGCAGCAUGGAAACAGUUGGCAUCCAAUGCGAAGAAAUUAUCGCCAUGGUGGAAUAUAGCAACUGAAAUCGCGUGUAAAGACAAUAUCAGCAGCCUACCGUUGCGACCGGAGACAACCACACGCCU